UUGGUGGGUGUCCCGGUGACAGGCACAUGCACAGUCUGGUGGAGAUCCGGGAGCGGAGCGCCUUGAAGAGGAGCGCCCCACAGCAGCGUACACCUAUCGGCUUUCUGGUGGAUGUGGAAGACCGCGGGAAGGACGGAGGAGACAGACUCAUAAACAGCUUCCAAAGAUGGCACUAGCCAAAGAUCCAGGGGCGGGCCCCGAGCAAAGAGAUGCAGCCGACCAAAACUUUGACUUCAUGUUUAAGCUGCUGAUCAUCGGCAACAGCAGCGUGGGAAAGACCUCCUUCCUGUUCCGCUAUGCAGAUGACUCCUUCACUUCAGCCUUUGUCAGCACAGUGGGCAUUGACUUCAAAGUCAAGACCAUCUACAGGAACGACAAGAGGGUGAAACUUCAGAUCUGGGACACAGCAGGACAGGAGCGCUACCGGACUAUCACCACCGCUUACUACAGAGGAGCCAUGGGAUUCCUGCUAAUGUACGAUAUCACAAGCCAGGAGUCGUUCUGUGCUGUACAGGACUGGGCAACCCAGAUCAAGACGUACUCAUGGGGAAAUGCUCAAGUAGCGCUGGUAGGAAAUAAGCUGGACUUGGAAGAAGACAGGCAGGUCCCCACUGAAGAUGCCCAAAGACUGGCUACAGAGCUUGGCUUCCAGUUCUUCGAGGCCAGUGCCAAAGACAACAUCAAUGUGAAGCAGGUUUUUGAUAAGCUGGUGGAUGUCAUCUGUGAAAAGAUGAGCGAGAGCCCUAACGGUGACGCCGGUCUGUCAGCCAAUAACAAAGGAGCUGACCUGAAGGAGGUGCCCCGCAGCAGCCAGGGUGGCUGCGCGUGCUGAUAGCCGGCAAUGGAGAUUCAUAGAAAGCGGGUUUCAUAGGCCCACACACACACACACACACACACACACACACACACACACACAUAGACACACAUAUACAGAUUAACUGAAUUGUCAAAGAUCUAUCAUUGUGAAUGUACUUUACCAUAUGUUACUGCAAUACUAUCAUGGAUGCUUGGCUCCCUUUUUUUCCCAUUUGAUCUUCUCCCAAAUUGGUGGCAACUCUUCAUUGUAAUUUGAAUAUGACUGUUACACUGAGAUGCCAAAGAGCUGCACCGAGCAGCUGUGCCUUUUGCCCGACACCUCCGCUUUAUUCUCUCUUGUCUAAUGGGUGAACGGCACCUGUUGCAGGUGAGGGGGCAAAUGAAAAGCAAUGAACCAAAUCAGCAUGGUGAGGGGAUCACUGUGAUUUUACUUGAGUCAUGCUGACCCCUUGUGGGUGUUGCAUGAAAAUGCACCACUGAUUUGUUGCCUCACUGUGUUUCCUGUUAAUUUGCCCCAUGUAAUCCUGCUGAGGAAGAAGGUUCGUAAACUGUUUGGUUCAAAGUCAAACAUACCUGAAAGGUGCUGUGUCAUUCCAGGUCUAUGUGUGUAGUACAGACUUGUUAUUACUGUUUUGGAGGGAUAUUCUUAUUUGCUUUUAAUUUAUAUUUUUCUGUUGUUUUUUUCUUCUUUUUUUUUUUUUUACCUUUAAUGGUUAACGCUGUUCCUCUAAAAGUUGAGAUUAAAGAUGUGGAUCUGUA